AUGUUCUCGACCAUCACGACCGCGCCGGCCAAGCAGUCGGUGAGCGACACGAUCCCCGUGCUCAGCGGCCGCCUGAGCACCGCAACGCUGCUUGAGGACCGCCGCGCCGCCAUCCUCGGCCUGCGCAGCUUCGCAAAACAGUACCCGGCCUCGGUCGCCUCGGGCGCCCUGCGCAGCCUGAUCGGCAGCCUGAGCCGCGAUGGCGAGGACGUCGACACCGUCAAGGUCGCGCUCGAGACCUUGCUGAUGCUGUUCAGCCCGGAUCCGGAUAGCCCCGAGGCGUCGGAGGAGAUCGCGCUGUGGGUGGCCGACGAGUUCACACAGCGGCAUGAGAACAUUGCGCUGCUGCUGGGGUUCCUGGCGAAAGAUAGGACGGAUUUCUAUGCACGGCUGUACUCGCUGCAGCUGCUGUCAGCCAUCCUGUCGGCACGUACGGAGCGGACGGAGGAGUGCAUCGUCAAUACUAGCGACGGCAUUUCCCGGAUUGUAGCCGCGCUGGAGGACACCAGAGAGGCGAUCCGUGACGAGGCCAUCGGGCUGCUUACGGACCUGACGCCGACGUCGAAUGUGGUACAGAACCUGGUAACCCUCGAACGGGGGUUUGCGCCCAUCUUCGAGACCAUUGCCCACGAGGGCGGGCUCUCGGGGGGCGCGCGGGUGGUCGAGGACUGUCUGAUUCUGCUGGCUAACCUGCUCCGGCUGAACCCGUUGAACCAGACCAUGUUCCGGGACAUGGGCCAUGUCGCGGGUAUCAGCCAGCUUCUGAAGGAUGCAUACCAGGGGGGCGAAGAUGGCGAGGAGGAGGUUGCGCAGUGGGUACAAGUCCAGAGGAACAGGAACGUAUACGCCAUGCUGGCCGUCAUCCGGCUCUUGCUCGUCCCGGGUGCUUCGGGGACGGCCCUGAAUCAGGAGGCAUUCGUGGGUGAACUGGUGGUAGCCGGUGGACGGAACCGCGCACGAGGCGGCCCCGUGCUCGAUAGCACGCUCCAGAUCGCCUUCUCGCCCGCCGCCGAGUUGCCGAUCAAGUCGGAAGCCCUGCUAGCCUGCGCGGACAUGAUCAGGGGCAACGCCGACGUCCAGGCGCGGUUCGCAGGGUUUCAGGUCCCAUCACCGCUUGCUGACCCAGUUGCCAACGGGAACAUCAGCCCGCAAGCCAACGGGGUACCCAAGGUGUACAUCAUCGACGGGCUCCUCGACCUCGUGCUGGCCGUCAACUCGCUGCCCGUGUUUGACCUGCGCAUGGCCGCUUGCACGUGCCUGAGGGCUUACUUUUACAAACAUGCCGAGAUCCGGAUGCACUUCCUCGACCAUGCGGUCCGCACGCACAAGGCUCAAGCCGACGACCUCACCAACGCUCUCACCAUCCUCCUCCAGCCACCAGACCCGGCCGCGGCCACGGCAGACCCGUACCGUUACUGGUUCGCCGCGGUGCUCAUGCUCCACCUCGUGCACGAUAAUCCGGAAACCAAGGCAUUGGCUAUGAGCGUCACGGAGGGCGACGAGGCCAGCGGAGAGGAGGUUGUGACGAGCAUACAGACCAUGACGGCUCACCUAAUCAGCAGCGUGGCCAAGUCAGACGACCCGCGCAUCAGCAUCGGCUACCUGAUGUUGCUGUUGUGCUGGAUGUACGAGGAUCUCGAGGCGGUAAACGACUUCCUCGGCGAGUUCACCAACCUACAGGGGCUAAUCCAAGCGGCGAUCGAGAACCCCAACGGCGACGUGAUCGUCCAGGGACUCAGUGCGAUGCUAGCGGGCGUGGUGUACGAGUUCUCUACCAAAGACUCCCCCGUCCCGCGCACCAAAGUACGAGAGAUGAUCAUGUCCCGCAUGGGUCGCGACCGCUACGUCGACAAGCUCACAAGACUGCGCUCGCACCCGCUCAUGCGCGACCACGAAGUCAACCCGCAGAGCCUCGAGCCCGGCCCGGACCAGAAGCUGCCGGACGUUUUUCUGGAUGACACCUUUGUCGAGUUCUUCAAAGACAACUACACCCGCAUCCUGCGCGCCAUCGACCGCGACCCGGACGCCGAAACGUCCGUCAUCACCAACGGCAUCCAAAAGGGCGUCUCCCGCACGCUCGUCGACUCCCUCCGCGCCGAAGCCGCCGAAAAAACCACGGCACUACAAGAAGCACACGCCCAACACACCGCCCUCGCCGCCCAGCUAACCCAAGAACAAACCACGCACCGCCAAACCCAAGAAUCCCUCUCCGCCGAACUCGCCCGCGCCAACGAAACCGCUACCGCACUGCGCCAACAACUCACCGCCCGCGACGGCUCCCUCCAUUCCGCCGAAGCCACCCACACCAACCUAACCCGCCAGCUCGCCCACGAACAACAAGAACACCAGCGCACACGCGCCGAGAUCGCCCGACUCAAAGCCCACGCCGACGCACUCCAACGCAGCCACACGCAAGAAACCACCACGCUGCAGAGCCAGCUACGCGCAGCCCGCGACGACACCCCACGGCAACUCGAUGCCGCGCGGCGCCAGGCCGAACAGGAAGCUGAACGGGCGCGGCGGCGGGCAGACGCGGAAAAAGCCGAUUUGCGCGCGACCAUCAGUCGGCUGGAGGUGGAUCUCAUGAAAACCAGCAAGGCGCGGGCGGCGGCGGAGGAGCAAGCGAACCAGUUGAAGGCCGAGAAGAAAGCAGCAGCCGCCCCCUCUGCCGGUGGCGGCAGCAGCAGCAAGGCAGUCGCUGAGAAAGACAAGGAGAUCAAGACCCUCCGUGACAAAGUCAGCAAGGCGGAGAAGGCUGCGCAAGAGGCGAAGAAGCGGGCGGAUGAAAAGGAGGCGGAGCGGAAGAGUGCACAGAGCGACCUGGAUGACUUGCUGGAGGUGUUUGGGGAUUUGGAGGAGAAGCUUACUAAGUACAAGAAACAACUUAAAGCGCUGGGGCAGGAGGUGUCGGAUGGGGAGGAAGAGGAUGAUGACGAGGAUGAGGAGGAGGAGGAGGAGGAGGAGGAUGAGGAGGAAGAGGAAGAUGAUGAGGAAUAA